CACACCACAAAAGGAUAAGAAACGUAAGAGAGCCAGAGAUAACAGCAGCUCAGACAGUGAUGGCAAUAAGACAGCCAACAAAUCUACAAUUGACACCACCCUGGAGGCGACCACACCAGCAGGGGAUGCAUCAGAAAGGAAGAAGAAGAAAAAGAAGAAAGAUAAACAGAAGGAGUCUGAAAAAGAAGAGAAUGGAGAUGAUGCUGAG